CACACACACACACACAUAUACACACGCCCGGGGAGGCAGGCCGGAGAGACCUCCCUCCCGCCCCUCCCGCCCGCCUCCCUCCCCUCGCCGCCGCCGCAGCCAGCAUCUGGGACCGGCCGAUUCUGCACCUCCGUCCGGCGCUGCCCUUUGAUUCGGAUUUCCAUCUUGUAUUCUCCGGCGGACCGCGGGACCUGGCUCGUGCAGAGGAGGGGGGCCGAUCGCUAUGGAGUAUUUCAUGGUGCCCACUCAGAAGGUGCCCUCUUUGCAACAUUUCAGGAAAACAGAGAAAGAAGUGAUAGGAGGGCUCUGUAGCCUUGCCAACAUUCCAUUGACCCCUGAGACUCAGCGGGACCAGGAGCGGCGGAUUCGGCGGGAGAUUGCUAACAGCAACGAGCGGAGGCGCAUGCAGAGCAUCAACGCGGGCUUCCAGUCCCUCAAGACCCUCAUCCCCCACACAGAUGGAGAGAAACUCAGCAAGGCAGCCAUUCUCCAGCAGACGGCGGAAUACAUCUUCUCCCUGGAGCAGGAGAAGACCAGGCUCCUGCAGCAGAACACACAGCUCAAGCGCUUUAUCCAGGAGCUGAGCGGCUCAUCCCCCAAGCGGCGGCGGGCAGAGGACAAGGACGAGGGCAUCGGCUCGCCAGACAUCUGGGAGGACGAGAAGGCGGAGGACCUGCGGCGGGAGAUGAUCGAGCUGCGGCAGCAGCUGGACAAGGAGCGCUCGGUGCGCAUGAUGCUGGAGGAGCAGGUGCGCUCGCUGGAGGCCCACAUGUACCCGGAAAAGCUCAAGGUGAUCGCACAGCAGGUGCAGCUGCAACAGCAGCAGGAGCAGGUGCGGCUGCUGCACCAGGAGAAGCUGGAGCGGGAACAGCAACACCUGCGGACCCAGCUCCUGCCCACUCCGGCCCCUACCCACCACCCCACGGUGAUCGUGCCGGCGCCAGCACCCCCUCCCUCCCACCACAUCAAUGUCGUCACCAUGGGCCCCUCCUCGGUCAUCAACUCUGUUUCAACAUCCCGGCAAAAUCUGGACACCAUUGUGCAGGCGAUCCAGCACAUCGAGGGCACCCAGGAAAGGCAGGAACAGGAGGAGGAGCAGCGUCGAGCCGUCAUCGUGAAGCCGGUCCGCAGCUGCCCCGAGGCCCACGCCUCCGACACUGCCUCCGAUUCGGAGGCCUCGGACAGCGACGCCAUGGACCAGAGCCGGGAGGAGCCAGUGGGGAACGGGGGGCUUCCCUGACCACCCCCCAGCCCUCCUCUCCCUUCUGGGGGCUGGAGGGGGCGGGGCAGCAACUGGGAGAGAUGAGGGUGAACGAGUGAGGAAUUUUUACAAAAUUACGGCAUCAUUUGGGUCUCUUUUAUGACCUCUUUUUCAAUACUGUAAAUCGACCUUUGAGUGAAGCCACCCAACCCGAGGUCCGGGGCUGGGGCGGCAGGAGCGCGUGGCAGCACCGGGACACCUGGGGCUGGGCCUCGGCCCCGGAGGCUGGGGAAGCGGACACGGAGGUGCCUGGCCUCUCUCUGCCAAAAAGCAUUUUUUCAUUGAAACAUGUUUUUAAGAACAGGGAAAAUCAAACAAAACCCCAAGGUAUUUCUGCCCUCCCCAGAGCCAGCCCUACGACCGUCAGUUUUUAAUUCCCCCUUCCCUCCUCUUUUUGGUGUUCUUUCUUCUUUAAGCACUUACAUGGGUUGGGGGUCUGGCUGGGUCGGGGCUCUCGGGGUCCGGGGGUCUCCGUUGCUUCUCGGUUGGGGUUUGCUGCUGCCCUUCUUCCCUCCCCUCCCUGUCUCAGCACUAGGAAUCGCCACUCUCCACCACUGUCCGGCCCCCACCUCUCCCUCCAGGUUUCCCAUCUUACACCCCAAAAAAGUCUUUGUCUUUCUCUUUUUGUUUUGUUUGUUGUUGGUUCUUUUUUGGUUUUAGUUUUGUUUUUUUGUUUUUGUUUUUGUUUUUUUUUUUUUUUUACAAUUUUGAGGUCUUUGUGUUCAAGGAGAAGCUAUUAUAUUUUGUUAAGAAAGUGGGGGGAAAAAACCAAGAGGCCACUGUGCCUUUAUAAAGAAACAAAAUAAAGUUUGUACUUUGUUUUUUA